GUAAUGCAGCUGAGAUGCAAGGGAUGUCUUGUGCGAAAGGAUCGUAAGCUCAGCCGGGAUCUUUUGCGGCAGGAUCUAGUCCCACGGAAUUAGCAACAAGCUUCCACUUGAGACGAAAUCAUAAGUUCGAUCGAUGCGAUGGAAGAGCCCGUGGUUGUCUUCAUCAGCGGCGUUAGCAAAGGUCUUGGGAAAGAGUUGGCUCGAGUGUAUCUGUCACGGCCGAACCACAUAGUUGUAGGGAGUAUUCGCGAUACCUUCGCCACAGAUGUUGCCGAUUUAAAAUCGAUGAAAUCUGCUGAAGGAUCUAGGAUAUUACUCGUCAGUAUUGAGAACACUUCGAUAGAUGAUCCAGCCAAGGCUUUGGACGAUAUAAAAGCAGCUGGGAUUGGGCAUCUAGAUAUUGUCAUCGCCAAUGCGGGAGGCGGAGGUGAUGACCCGAAGGUAUCGCUUGAGACGAUUGAUAUGAAAGAGAUGACCACUAGAUUUCAAUCGAAUGCUCUUGGUCCGUUGCUGUUGUACCAGACAUUUAGACCGCUGUUGCAAAAAUCGAGGAGGACACCCAAGUGGAUUUCUAUGUCCACUGCUGGGGGGUCUAUCGAAUUAAUCGGAGCAACUCGCGCGACUAUGCUGCCAGCGUACAGUGCGUCUAAAGCAGCAUUGAACUGGCUUACUAGGGCCAUACAUUUCAAUAAUGACUGGCUUAUCGCGAUAGCUAUGCACCCUGGGCUCGUGCAGACCGGACCAGGAAACUGGUUUGCCGGGCAUUUGGGGUUGGAAAAGGCACCUUUAACCAUCGACUUCUGCGUUGAAAAGAUGGUAGAUGUGAUCGAUCAUGCUACUCGCGAAGAAACGAGUGGGAAAUUCAUCAGCGCGAUUGAAGGAACCGAAUUGCCAUGGUAGGUCAAUUGGGACAGGAAUCGAUUUGUAUAAAAAAAAGUUGAAAGUUAUGGAAGAAGAAUAAGAAAGAAGAAAUUGUAAUUGUGUAACCUGUGGCGUGUAUUCCAGUGACAAUUAUGGCUGGUGCUGGUGUACCUAAGCCACAACUGCCACGCAAUAUUAAAUAAUCAUCGUUGGAUCUCCCCUCCCCCUCCCCCACCUAUUUUC